CCUAUGUCAGAAAUCUUGUUGCAGGUGAAUGUCUGUGUACACACAGAUGACGAACCACACACAACCGCGCGGAUAUGGGAUGUUUAAUAAACCGAAGACUACGAAAAAAGCUGAUUUUGUAGCAUAUUUCUAUUUCGUUUAAAAACAUGUCAGCAUUUGUGGCCCAUCCAUCAGUUCGCGUUAGGGGAACGGAGCUCACAUACACACCUGUGUUGUGUCAGGAUGAAAAGUGUGCAGGGCAGGAGAAAGGAGUGCACAUGCACUGCCCACUGUGCUCUGUGACUGAGGCUUACCAAGAUCCAGUAAUCCUUCGAGCUCACUUCCGCGUUAAACAUGUGGACAAAGGCAUUGACUUUGCAGGUUUGAAGGUGCUACGCUGCUGUAAUCACUGUGAGAUUGUAGGCACUAUUAAAGGGGAAAAGAGGUUCAAGGGUGCUCACUGGCACUGCUAUCGCUGUAGAAAUGGUUUCAACAGAAGGGAUGAGGCCAUCAAACACUAUAAGACUCAUUUCCGAAAUCCUCACACCACAUUCCAGAUCCAAGUCACACAGAAUGUGAACUGCCGACAGUAUUACGGUGAAAGUUCAGAGGCACGUGCUCAAGCGUAUGAAGGGCUAACAGUGAGUCUUGGACCAGAUGGUGCUAGCAUUGCAUCCAUCUUAACCCAUCCUGUUCUUAACACUGGCACUGAAACCCUAUUGACUGUGGAGCCAAAGUAUGACUGUGAGAGAACUGGCAUCCCAUUUGGUGCUGAGGAGGAGGUGGGUUCUUCCCACAAUUCUGAUGGCACACAGACCCUUGUUCUGAUGGAUGCAGAUGGACAGGGAAGCAGUAUGAUCUAUGACACAGCUACCGGCAUACUUACGGAACAGGAGGUAGAGGGUUUGGAACAGAGCCUUUUACAGAAACGACUCCUCGAGCUUCACCAGCAGAUAGACAUACUACGUCAGGAAAAGGAGAGUAUGGAAAAGACAUUACGUGGUGAGAUCAAACAGCUCAAAGAACAGGUUGCAAGUUUGGUGCAGUCUAAUGUAAGAAUGUUUGAGGAACUGCAAGCAUAUCAAUGCCCGGACCACAGCCAGCAAAAAGUAGCCAAGCUUAUGGAAAGCCUUGAAGCUGAGCACAAGGAGCUACUGCAGGCACAGCUUGCCUCACUCAGGAGCGAGAUCUUGUCAGGGACAGAUUACAUGGCAAUCAAUGGCCACAAGGGGGCGCUGGUGCUCAGUGUGAAUGAAGAGGAGCAACAGGCAAACGCAAUCAGUGGCUCUGAAACAGGACUAGAGGAUUUACAACUACAAACCGACCAACAUGAGGACUUGAAGUCCUCAGAGCUGGAACUUUUGCCAGCAGAUACAAUGAUUUGUUUGGAGAGCCCCAGCUUGCACAUAGAUUUGCCAAACACUGGACUGACCACCAGGGUUUUAGAAGAUAAACAAGAAGUGUCAUUGUCUCCUGUGUCAUCUAAGAAGCGCAAUUUAGUGGAUGACACAGAGGGGACUGUUGAAACAAAAGUACAGAGAGUCUGCUGAGAUUGGCUGCCUUCAUUCCUUUUUCAUAGUGCUGUUAUGAAUUACUGUCACAUUUGCCAUGCAUCUGCAGUUUAAUACAGAACUUGAUUUGGCCUUACCAGUGGUGGGCAGAAGAACAUGAAGGCAUGUUUGAAUUGUUAAAUUUAUAGUAUGUUAUAUGUUUAAAAUCUUUCUUAUCCAUGCUUAUUUUAUGUUAUCGUUGUUACAUGCAGAUAUAAUCUGAGAUCUCACAUAUUCAUGGUCUUAUACUCAUCUAAUUGACGUCUAUGUUUGAUGUGAAGUAUGAGUUAUUUAAACAUUAACAUUAAUGGUCAUGAAAUAAUAAACAAAAUGAAACAUUUUAUGAUCAUUAACAAAAAUGUUAUUAAUGGUUGUAUAUUGAUUUUUAGCAUUUCUGUAAUUUAAAUCGUAAAUUGUCAUCCAGAGAUGAAAAGGAUCUGUUAAUCUUUUUGUGGAGGAUUUGUAGAGAUUUUUAUGUAGGCAUAUAAAAAAUAUUAUUUUAACAAACAUUAAUAAACAUUCUUUAUUUUGCUUAAA